CGAUAUAAGGCGGCGCCUUGCAAGAAUCCCCUCCUCGACGCAUCCUCUCCUCCCACUUGAACCAACCAUACCACCCGACGAUUCCCUGCCCUCCUCCCGCCAGGUCGCAGUGGAUAGAGCGAGCCUUUCCCCCCUUCUAGUCUUGUUCGCGAUCCGUUUUCCCUAAUCCUGUGCGACAACAACCCCACCGCAGUCUCGCCAGUUUCGGAGAGAGCCUCCCGCGGGCUUCCACCACAAUGAGGUCCGGCUCGAGGAGCUCCAUGGCCAUUGGCCUGGGCAUGAUCGCCUGGAUCUGCCUGCUGUUUUCCCCCCUCGCCUUCGUCAAGACGGCCCACGCCCAGGAGGCAGAGAGCUAUGGCACCGUUAUCGGUAUUGAUCUGGGCACCACCUACUCCUGCGUCGGUGUGAUGCAGAAGGGCAAGGUUGAGAUUCUCGUCAACGACCAAGGAAACCGUAUCACCCCCUCCUACGUUGCCUUCACCGACGACGAGAGGCUGGUUGGUGACGCCGCCAAGAACCAGGCCGCCGCGAACCCCUUCAGGACCAUCUUUGACGUCAAGCGCCUCAUCGGCCGCAAGUUCAGCGACAAGGAUGUGCAGAGCGAUAUCAAGCACUUCCCCUACAAGGUUAUCUCCAAGGGUGGAAAGCCGAUUGUUUCCGUCGAGGUCAAGGGCGAGGAGAAGCAACUGUCCCCCGAGGAGGUUUCCGCCAUGAUCCUGGGCAAGAUGAAGGAGGUCGCCGAGUCCUACUUGGGCAAGAAGGUCACCCAUGCUGUCGUCACUGUCCCCGCCUACUUCAACGACAACCAGAGGCAGGCUACCAAGGAUGCCGGCAUCAUUGCCGGUCUGAACGUUCUCCGCAUCGUCAACGAGCCCACCGCGGCCGCUAUCGCCUACGGCCUGGACAAGACCUCGGGUGAGAAGCAGAUCGUUGUGUACGAUCUGGGUGGUGGCACUUUCGAUGUCUCUCUCCUGUCGAUCGACAGCGGCGUUUUCGAGGUCCUGGCGACUGCCGGUGAUACCCACCUUGGUGGCGAGGAUUUCGACCAGCGCGUUAUCAACCACUUCGCCAAGGCGUACAACAAGAAGAACAACGUCGAUGUCACCAAGGACGCCAAGGCUAUGGGCAAGCUCAAGCGCGAGGCCGAGAAGGCGAAGCGCACGCUCUCGUCGCAGAAGUCCACCCGCAUCGAGAUCGAGUCCUUCUUCAACGGCAAGGACUUUUCCGAGACCUUGACCCAGGCCAAGUUCGAGGAGCUCAACAUCGACCUCUUCAAGAAGACCCUGAAGCCCGUCGAGCAGGUGCUUAAGGAUGCCAAGCUGAAGAAGGACGAGAUCGACGACAUCGUCCUGGUCGGCGGUUCUACCCGUAUCCCCAAGGUUCAGGCCCUGAUCAAGGAGUUUUUCAACGGCAAGACUCCUUCCAAGGGAAUCAACCCCGACGAGGCUGUUGCGUUCGGCGCCGCCGUUCAGGCUGGUGUUCUGUCCGGCGAGGAGGGUACUGAGGAAAUCGUUCUCAUGGACGUCAACCCGCUCACCCUGGGUAUCGAGACCACCGGCGGUGUCAUGACCAAGCUCAUCCCCCGCAACACACCUAUCCCUACCCGCAAGAGCCAGAUCUUCUCGACUGCCGCCGAUAACCAGCCCGUCGUCCUGAUUCAGGUCUUUGAGGGCGAGCGUUCCAUGACCAAGGACAACAACCUCCUGGGCAAGUUCGAGCUUACCGGUAUCCCGCCUGCGCCCCGUGGCCAGCCGCAGAUCGAGGUCUCCUUCGAGCUUGAUGCCAACGGUAUCCUGAAGGUGUCGGCCCAUGACAAGGGCACUGGCAACACUGAGCAGAUCACCAUCAACAACGACAAGGGCCGUCUGACCCAGGAGGAGAUCGACCGCAUGGUCAGCGAGGCUGAGAAGUAUGCCGAGGAGGACAAGGCCACCCGCGAGCGCAUCGAAGCCCGCAACGCCCUUGAGAACUACGCCUUCAGCCUCAAGACCCAGGUCAAGGAUGAAGAGGGUCUCGGUGGCAAGAUCGACGAUGAGGACAAGGAGGCUAUCUUGGACGCCGUAAAGGAGGCCACCAGCUGGCUCGACGAGCAUGGUGCGACCGCCGAGGCCGCCGACUUUGAGGAGCAGAAGGAGAAGCUGUCCAAUGUCGCCCACCCCAUCACCAGCAAGCUUUACAGCGGCGGUGCCGGCGGCUCGGAUGAGCCCAGGUCUCACGAUGAGCUAUGAGAGAUACCACAUUAGACGAAUUCCUGAUAUCCCCCCUUUCUCUCUUGUAUUGCGGAUGCAAAAAAGAAGUCUUUUAGUUGGCGCUCCAUAAAUGCGAAACAAGUAAAAUUUCAUACUCUGGGUUUUUUGUUUUUUUUACCUUGCGUCUUCACUUGCCGUUGUGUUAUCGGAGCAGGCGGCGCAGAUUUAUAUUUGUUGUCCUUGACCACGAUGAAGAAAUACAUUGAAAUUCCAUAACCGGAAAUCGCGCA